UAAUUGUAAGUAUAUUGUCUAUAUGCAUACGUGUUGAAUAUAUACGUAUACUGAACAUGUGUAAUAUAAAUAGUAAAUACUAAUGUUGAUAUAAAAUCGAUAAUUUACGUUAAAUCAUUCGUGAGGAAAGAAGAUCUAUUAACAUAUUCAACAUUUGAGUAAUAUCCAGAACUAUUAUUAUAAUUAAAUACAUGAUCGAGCACAUGAUCAAGAAGAUUGAUAGAUUUAUGAACACCUUCAAACUUAACCUAUUUUACGAUAAGAGAUUAUUAUAAGACUUUUUAAACAAGCGUAAUGAAUGAUGCGACUAGAACGGGACAGAAAAAUUUAUAUGUAUUAAUAUCGUCAUCAUUCUUGGUUAUCGCGGAAUCGGUAAAAUAUUAAAUUUAGGUUAACAUCAGGUUUUAGUGGUGAAACCGUAUAUAUCAAUAAUUUUAUUGUACAAAAGAGUAUAAUAUUAAUUGAAUGCGAUUAGGAACUUAUAGUAACAUUAUAGGAAACAAUGGGUAGUUAUUUUGAUCCCCUUGGUUUUACUAAACAAACAGCAACUUUGUUGCGUGGUUUGGGUGCAUCUGAGUUAAUAGUAGAAUGCAAAAAGAGAAAUAUAUCAACGGAUGUAUUACAAGAGCUUACUGUACAAGAGCUAAUAAUGUUAGGCAUUGACCCUAAAAAGGCCGAAGAGUUAAAAAAUUGUUUAAACGCCAGGAAAAGAAGAUCCAACAUUGUAAUAACAGAUGUUGAGGACAGGAUUGAACAUUUUCUUGAAAUGAUCAAAGAUGGAGAGCAGCAGUUCUGUUUGAUACAAGCAUUUAUGGCUUAUUGUCGAUUGAGACUCGUUAAGGAAAGAAUUAAUAUUUUUAUCGAUCCCAACAAGUGUUUGAGUGCUUCUAAGGUAUUACCUAUCGCUAUCGCCGCAAUACAGACAGAGUUGGAAGAAGCAAAUAAGAACCUUUCUGAACUUGACGAAUUGAUUUCGAGGCUCAGUCGUAAUAAGAUGGACGGUGGAGCGUACGGUGGAGGAAAGGCAGGAGCCCCUUUCGACCCUAUUGCCUUUAUUCAAAGGCCUCAAGUCAUUUUAAGAGCCGUAUGUCUGCUCUUCGCGAUAAUCGUGUUCGGAUGCAUAAGCAACAAGGGAUACAUAGAAAAACCAGACGGAAAAGACGUUUGUCUUUACAACGGAGACCACAAUGCUUGUAAUUACGGGAUAGGAAUCGGAGUCCUCGCCUUCCUCGCCAGCAUUGGAUUCCUUGCUGGCGAAUAUCUUUUCGAACAGAUGUCUUCCGUUAAGACCAGGAAGCAUUUCGUCCUGCUCGAUUUAGGGUUUUCUGGCUUUUGGGCAUUCCUUUACUUCGUCGGAUUCUGUUACUUAACCAAUGCUUGGAACAAAUCGGAAACGCCGGAAAAUAAUUACGGAGUGAACAACGUUCAAAGCGCUAUCGCUUUCUCCUUCUUCUCCAUUUUUACCUGGGCUGCCUGUGCCUGGUUUGCCUUCCAAAGAUUCAAGCAAGGUACCGAUGCUGCAUUCGCACCGAGUUACGAGGCGGAUCCUGUUGGUGGGACAGGAUAUACGAGUUAUCCCGAUGCGACUGAUGCUGGCUAUCAAGAACCGCCGUUCGGUCAACAGCAACAGCAGCAGCAACAACAACAGCAACAACGGAUGCCCGAUUUUCGAGCACCGGCUUACUAACCCUCUCAAACAUAGUUUAUCACUAUUGACCUACAACGCAAGAAAACAAUAGGAAAACAGAAGACAGAAGCUCUGCGAGGAAACUUUCAAUGAUAGAGCAAUGUCGAUAGAGUAAGUUUUCAUAGUAACAUAACUAGUGGAUGAAAGAGAGAGAGGAGAGACGAGUUAACGAGGGGAAUAGAAAAGUGGGUAAACAGGAAAAAUAUAAAGAGAGAAAGGAGAACAAGGGAGAGAAUGUACGCGUGUGCGAAUACGUAUGUGUGUAUACGUGUAUGACUGUGACAAAAAGAAAAAGAAAAAGAAAAAGAAAAGAAAAGAAAAGAAAAGAAAAGAAAAAAAAAAAUAGAAGGAAUGCGUGGAUGUGUACGCGCAAGACAACAAAACGUUACUUGUUAAAACUGUGCUUCUUAUUGUUGACCACUUAUAAGUCUUACACCUAAAAAUCAAUGGCGUAAGCGACAAAGAAGAAAAUAUUUAAAACAUAUGAAAAAUCGGGUUACUGCCCUUGGAUGACACAUUUGGAACCGAAAAAUAAAGAACAGGAGUGAACAGCGGCAGUGAAAG